CAGGCACCAUCUCUGUGAAACCAGACAGCCUUCAGCAAUCCUAGUUUUCUGCUGUUCUUUCAGUCCAGUCACAAUCACCAUCACCUCUGCAGAUAUAAUAGCGAUUGGAACAAAUACCGACAGCCACACAGAGCUGCCAUGGCGGGGAACGCUCCGUUUGGCACAGACUCCACUCCUGAGGUAGUCGUUAAGAUUAUUGGAAGCAAACUCGUCACAUUUUUUGUGGAAAAGCCAAGAAGGAAUAAAGCAGUCCGCAUUGAAACACAGAGCCUUAUCUCCCCCCCUGCAUUGUCUCCCCUUCUGCAUUCUACCAAGGCUGUGACAGAUCAAGUACCUCCAGAUAAACUCAGCACUCCAAAGGGGAACACGGAGAUGAGGGAACCCGGGCAGAGUGCAGAGCAAACCCCAGCUAAGCAGCCUUCAGAACAUUUGGAUGUCUAUUGUGUCACAGCCCCUACAGGAGAUCAAACACUCUCUUACAUACAUUGUCAAAAGAAGCCACUACAGAGGACCAUCUUCACUACUAAUCACACGGAGCCUCCUCACGCAGAGCUCCUAGAUCCUGCUCCCUCCUUCAGCAGUGCCCUGCUUACGGUUGUCAGCAGGGAGAUGCAUUGCUGCAGUACGAGAGCAUUGGAGAGCAUGGGAGAAGAGCUGCAAAGAUUAGACCCCACCCACUCUGGUGUGAUCCAUCAAUCACAGCUGGGAUUAGCGUUCUUACGACAUGAAGUUCCGCUUAAAUUGACGACUUUAAGACUGCUCUUCCAGACCUUUGCAGGCUCCACAUGCCCAGACCAGGUGAAUUACAAGGAGCUAGUUGGUUUUCUGUUGAGAGCAAUGCAAAAGGGCGGACCGGAUGCACAUGAUGAGAAGAGAUCCAACAGUCUUAAACAAUCGCAACAAGUGAAAGAAGCCCUGACCUCAGGGACGAACAUGGCAGGCAAAAGAGGGAUGAACUCGGAAAAGCUUCAUCAGAGUUUCCAACAAUCUGACGACAAAACCACAGGGCAGCUGUUGUCACUUACAACAGAGGAUGAUGGAAGCCUAGGUUUUGGAGCCCAGGUCCAGAGAUUUUCCAAAUCUACAGGGACAGACAGGAAAACUGUCUACACCCAAGAGUCCGAGACUUGGCUGGAGCGAUUCAGCCAGCUAGAGAGAGCCAUGCGCAUGUGCGAUGACAGAAACACUGGCAUGCUGGAGAAGGGGGAAGCCAAACAUCUCAUCCAUAACUACAACCUCAUUUUCAAUCUGAACCUGAGUCCCCUGAGGAUUGAGCAAGCGCUGCACAUCUUUGAGACGCAUGGGGAAGUAACCUUGGACUCAGUGUUGCAGUAUCUCAAGAAAUUAUAAUAAUAAUAAAAAACAUACUGUGUCUGCAUUUUGUUCUGCUUAUACCUGUAAAAUACGUGUAUACUUAGUAAAUACAUGUGUACUUUACAAUGUUAUUCUGCAUAGUUACAAUGUAAUGAAUGUGUAAAUCUUUUUGCUUGAUAUAACCCUAACCCUUUUCUAAUACAAUUGUGUACUUACAUAUAUCCUGUAAAAAAAUGUACACGUUAAUUACAUUGUAACUAUGCAUAAUAAACAAGUAUUCACCAAGUAACUCCACAGUAAUUAGAAACACUUAAUGUAAGGUUUUACCAAAAAAUCAUAACUAGUUACAAUAUUAUUUAUUCUCCUUCUCAGAAAAGUGGAGGCAAACUUCGCAAUGGAGCAAACACAGUGAUAACUAGACUCAACGAUUUCUUAGAAUAGGCAU